UCUGUAUUCGGUGUGUUCUCUAUGGAUGAAACGCACAGGUGCCGUCCACCGUGUGUUGGAGAACGCCGCCAUCUGUCGGCGGGUGGAAGUGACUGGCACCCAGCAGUUUGUAGCUGAUCUAGCUCUACUAUCUGCUCCUGUAAAGCAACCAAAUAAUGAAACGUCAGGAUAAUGUUCCGUUCAACCCUUCAGCCAAACCCAAAGCAGCUGCUCAAGCAUCAUACAAUCAACAGCAGUGUGGCAGAAUACCCCAGGACUUUAAAGAAGCUAUGUUACACAUCCCGGUGAAGCCACCAGUCAACUCAAACACCAGGACAUCUGGCAAUGUUGCUAAGACAAAACCAGCCCUGAAACGUUCAGUCAGAUCUUCUGCUGACAAAUGGAAGUCUUCAUUCAAACCAUUAGGAGAAGAAGAUGACUCUCCGGACACAAGAACUGGCAGUUCAGAAAAGGUUGAAAUCUAUAAUCCUUACGAUCCUCACUCGUCAGACUCUGAGUACGAGAUGGCCCAAGACCACAACCACUCCUCAUCCAAUCAAGGUGCAGGCUGCCUUAAAAAGGGCCGCUGGGACAGGAGUUACUCAAAAUCAGCGAGCCAACUUCUCAACAGGUGUGACUUAAGCCCUGAAACCAGACCCACAGAGAGUCAAGGUUUCAGCACAGGUCAUAGACUGCCUGAACGGGAGGCUUAUGGCCCCACCACUGAAUCACUUGACCGACCAGGUUUUGACUCCAUAAGCAGACCCCUGGACCACAGGGUCUGCAGCCCCGACAGGCAUAUACACGGCUCCUCCACCCAACGCUUUCUUGCUUCUUAUGAAGGACAGAGGACCAACGGGGAGGAGGGGAUAAUAAUCCCAGAAUACAGCAGAGAGAUGACCACUACUGUUAGAUUAUCCCCACCCAGGUUACAGCGGGACCAUCAACAUCAAUUGGAAUACGCAAAAACAGGACUGGACCGUAUCAAACCUUCCACAGAGGUGCCAAGAAACAGGAAAAUAAUAAUGGACAUGAACCCCAUCAUCUGUGACCUUUGCGAAGUUGAGUUAGCCAAUGGUCGGGAGCUGGAGGAUCACUUGGAGAGCAAGAGUCACUGGGACACCCUGGAGCACAUCCAGCAGCAGAAUAAUUACGAUGAUCUGGCUAUAGCCUUCAUACAGGAAGUCAUGCUGUAUAAAAGCCAGCAGUGCAGCCGAAACAUAGAGGAUAGUGCACUUCAAGCUCUGCAGGAAAAUGACCACAUGACAAAGAUUGAAAUGUUCCACUGUGCGGCUUGCAGCGUCUUCAUAUCCACAUCUGCAUCCUCGGUGCAGACUCACAUUACCUCUCAGGAACACCUCGCCAACACAAAGGACUUUCAAGUGCAGCAGAGACGUUCUUGCCUUUACAAAGCAGAAACCAUGAUGAAGGAGCUGAAACCUCAGUUUGAACACUUCCUGAAGGGUGGCAGCCCGUUUAAAUGAUGGAAAUCACUGAAAGUCUCCAAAAUACCGGUGUACGCUGACAGGCAGUUUGUGCCAGAUGAACUGUGGACUUAAAGCUCAAUCACACCCACGCAGAAAUGCUGUGGUGAUACUAAUACAGGAUUUGUCUGAAGAAAUGGAGGCAUCUUGAAUCAAGGUUUGUUCAAACAAUAUCGAUGUUCUUGUAUAUUUGUUCCCAAAUGGCUCGUCUAUAUUAACGUUAGCUGCAGUACUCAAAGUAAUCACCAUUGGGUCACCUUAAGGAGCUAAAGUUUGUAAUUUUAUAAAUGUACGCAUUCAAUGUUUUUACAAUUGGUGUGGAAAAAAAAGAUUGAAAAAGUCAACUUGUUUCUUGUUUUUUUUUAAUUUUAUUUAGAACAACACAUGUUUUAAGCAUUGUAUCUGUGAUAUAGUACAUUUAAAAUUAAAUUAUCUCAAAACAGUAUAUUUAAACAUUAAAUAUAGGUGACAUGUAUGAAGGGCAUCGUCAGCACUGGCUGUGCCGGUUAGGUUUUUUUUUUUUUUUUUCCUUAACCACCUUCAGGUUUAAUUUUGUAUUUGUAUUAGAAACAAUGUAGUUACUGAAAUACUAUAAAACACUUUCUAUGCAUAACAAGUUUGCAGACAUUGUUUUUGUUCUUCUAUAGUAGCUCACGUUUCCACUUGUGAUUCCUGAAACUGUAAGCUUUCAGGUGCCAUCAUUUUCAGUUAAAAUAUUCAUCUCAUUAACUGUGGCCGGAAAAAAAGAGACUGAGGGCUUGAAUUUGAACAUGUUGCAAU